GGCGAAUUUGUAAUGAAAUGGGGGCCCAUACCAUUGCCGGGGCCGGCUCCCACAUCACUACCGUGGACUAGGGUCAAAUCAAGUGAGUAUGUGGUGAGACAAGACAGCCUUCACUAUUCCACCUCUGUUGGCAUUUGAUGUUAUCCAGAGAGCAAGAAAAUUCAAAUCUAGGUCCAGCCGGCAUGUUCAGCUUCGUAGCCCCAUGGCUUACCAGAAUCAGUGUUGUUGAUGAGCCGGUCGGUGGGUCAGCCGGCGGGAAAAGCAAGUCUACAGACUGGACGAGGACGCCCGUUAGUCGGCCAGGUUAGUCGCGCGAGAAUCGACUCAUUGGUUACUGUAUCCUUGUCUGCCAAUUCAUAUGGCACUUUAAUACUUGAGAACGCAGCAGAAAACUCGCAGUUGAAAUGUUUCUUGUUGAUCUGUCUGUCCAUUUCAUGAGAAGAGCCACGCUUACUUCUUCGUUCUCGUUCCAAUGUCAUCCUCUGGUAAAAGACCUUGUGAUCCUGCAGUUGUGGACGUCAAGACCACUAACUCUGAGGCAGAGUUUGUGAAGCGCCAGAUCACUGCACCGCCAGGUCUCCCAAGCAAACAGCCAUCAACAUCAGCCUGGCAAGAGCCACCGGGUCCGAUUGCUCAGAUCCAAUCUCAGCAUCUCCCAGAUGCAGUUGACAUUGUCAUUAUCGGUUCCGGGUUGACGGGAUGCGGCGUCGCACAUACUCUGUUGAACCACCCAGCAGCUGCACGGCUCCGCAUUACAGUCCUUGAAGCACGCAAUGCUGUUAGCGGAGCAACAGGCCGCAACGGCGGUCAUCUCGUCUCCAACGCCGCCGAGCUCGUCCCAGGUCUCGUUGCGGACUUCGGGCCAGAAGAGGCUGCCAAGGUUGCACGAUUCAGCGAGGCUGCCAUCAUUCGUCUCAAGGAGAUCGUCGACGGUUUGGACAAAGCUGACCACGAAGCCUCUGAGUUUCGGCACGUUGUCAGCACGAUGGGCUUCCAUGACCAAGAAACCUUUGAGAGCAGUAAGAGGGCAAUCGAGCUCCUUCAGAAAAUAGCACCUUCUACUGGGGUUCUAAAUCACAACAUUAUUUCCGCAGAAGAAGCGAUUGAGAAAUACCGCUACCGGGAUGUUGUUGGUGGCGCGGAGCAGCAUGGAGCGGCGGCUCUGUGGCCUUAUCGAAUGCUCACCGCCGUCUACAAAGAUCUUCUGAACAGGUAUCAAGGUCGAUUUACACUUGAGACCAAUACUCCAGCACUUUCCAUAGAGUCUGGUGUCCCAAUCUCGGAUGGAGAUUCAUUAUACAUUAUCGAGACACCGCGCGGCCAGAUCAGGUCUCGGAAAGUCAUACAUUGUACCAAUGGAUACGCCGGUCACCUGAUUCCAAAGCUCAGAGGCAGCUUGUAUCCGUUGCGCGGGACAAUGUCUGUUCAGAAACCGAGUGCGUCGUUUCCUCGUCUUGGGGAUCAAGUUUCGUGGGCCCAUGGCGGACAACGAAAUCUCGACCCCCGAACUGGUAUAAUGGAUGCGAGUCUGUAUUAUGCACAGCAGAAUGCAGUGACGGGAGAAGUUUGGAUCGGCGGAGACGUUCAACCACUCAGCCAGCUCCUGACCAGCGAUGAUUCCUGCGUUGGGGAAUUAGCUGCCAGAAACCUCAGCACCAUCCUUCCUAGGAUAUUUGACGACGAUGGCUCCCCGGAACCAUUAAAGGUGUGGUCCGGCAUCAUGGCCUUCACUGCCGAUGGCCUACCAAUAGUUGGGAAGCUCCUCUCCUCGUUGACGGAGCGUUCAGGAGACGGAGAAUGGAUCUCUGCUGGGUAUAAUGGCCACGGGAUGGACAAAGGCUGGUUGUGUGGCGAGGCCGUGGCGAGGAUGGUGUUGGAGGAAGAGACUCCUGAGCUUCCGGGUUGUUAUCUCUUGAGUGCGGAGAGACUCAAAAGCUUGACGGUAGACAACGCUGUAGAUAGACUUCUCAACGUGAUCGAGAAGUGAUAUAGCAAUUCCAGGGAACACACGUAGCG